AUGGCUAAGAAGAGCGUUAGCUCGUUGACGGAGGCUGAUCUCAGGGGAAAGAGGGUGCUUCUCAGGGCUGAUUUGAACGUUCCUCAAGACAAACGUACUUAUGAAAUCACUGACGACACGCGCAUUCGCGCUGCCAUUCCCACCAUUAAGUACCUGACAGAGAAGGGUGCUAAGGUUCUUCUCGCGACCCACUUGGGACGUCCCAAGGGCGUCACCGAGAAGUUCCGCGUGACUCCUCUCGUUUCUCGGCUCUCAGAGCUUCUCGGCCAGGAGGUGAAGAAGGUCGACGACUGCAUCGGCGAAGUCGUCGCAAAUGCCGUCGCGGAGCUCCAGGAGGGUCAGGUGCUGCUGCUCGAGAACGUGCGGUUCCACCCCGAGGAGGAGCAGAACGACCCCGAUUUCGCCCAGAAGCUCGCCGCGAACGCGGACCUGUACGUCAACGAUGCGUUCGGCACGGCGCACCGCGCGCACGCGUCCACGGAGGGCGUGACCAAGUUCCUGAAACCCUCCGUUGCGGGUUUCCUCCUUGAGAAGGAGCUGGACUACUUGGUUGGAGCCAUUGCUGACCCCAAGCGGCCGUUUGUGGCGAUCGUGGGUGGAUCCAAGGUGUCAACCAAGAUCAGCGUGAUUGAAUCUCUCUUUAACAAGUGCAACAAGGUGCUGCUGGGCGGCGGCAUGAUCUUCACGUUCUACAAGGCAUUGGGCUUGUCUGUCGGAAAAUCGCUGGUGGAGGAGAGCCAGGUGCAGCUGGCGACCAGCCUCGAGGAGUUGGCCAAGACCAAGGGCGUCGAACUGCUCCUGCCAACGGACGUCGUAGUCGCUGAUCAAUUUGACGCUGAUGCCAGGACCCAGGUGGUUUCAGUAGGGGCAAUUCCGGACGGCUGGAUGGGACUGGACAUCGGCCCUGACACAAUCAAGACCUUCGAGGCUGCGAUCAGUGACGCCAAGACCAUCCUCUGGAAUGGCCCCAUGGGCGUGUUUGAAAUCCCAAAAUUCGCCGCGGGAACCUCUGCGAUUGCUAAUGCGCUCGCAGACGAGACAGCCAAGGGUGCCACAACCAUCAUCGGAGGUGGUGACAGCGUGGCAGCAGUGGAACAAGCAGGAGUGGCUGACAAGAUGAGCCACAUUUCGACAGGUGGCGGCGCAUCAUUGGAGCUGUUGGAGGGUAAGGUGCUCCCUGGUGUUGCUGCUCUCGAUGAGGCGUGA